UUUGGCCUUUUGAAUUAUCAUUUCUGGCUUUUCGUACUCAAUAAUCCGGUAGAAGGUGUCUUGAGGCCGUGCACUUUCUCUCUCUCGAGCCGCGAAACUAGUUUAGCUGAAACUGCCACGACUUUUGGUUGAGAUUCGCGCCUUCUGGAAUCUUUGCCAAAAUUUUUUGGUCAAAGUCCGCUCAAUCAAGUGGAUAAAUUAGAUCGCAGUGUGAUGAAUUGGAUCGCCCAAAAGUCAGUAUCAGUCCUCGCCAAACCAGGUUCGAGAAUGUUAGUUGCCAACACGAGAGCUUUGGCCUCCUUUGAGCGCCCCAUUCAGGCGAAGAUCCCGCCUGGGAUUCAGCAGAGAAGCACCUCGAGCUCAGGGAAGUCUCUGGAGAAUCCACAGAACCUUCCUCAUCUGCCGGUGCCUUCGCUGAAAGACACUCUUCUCCGGUUCUUGGCCACUGUCCAGCCUCAUCUCAACGAGGAGGAGUUCCGACGCACUCGCAGCCUCCUGGACAAGUUCAGCCAGCCCGGAGGCGAUGGAGAGACUCUGCAGAAGCUCCUGGAGGCCAGAGCGGGCAUUAAGGAGAACUGGCUGGCGGAGUGGUGGCUGAAGACAGCUUAUCUGGGCUACAGAGAUCCCGUUGUCGUCUGGUCCAGUCCGGGAAUCGUCUUUCCCGAGAGGAAGUUCUCUUCUGAGCGCGAUCGCCUAGCCUUUGCGGCCAAAGUCAUCACAGCUUCGCUGCGCUUCAAGGGCGAGAUCGACAACGAACGGAUUCCCAUGGAGAAGUUCGGGAAGAGCGAACUGGACAUGCAGCAGUACAGGAAGAUCUUCGGAACCUGCAGGAUUCCAGGCAGAGACAUCGACAAGAUUGAGUUCCACCCGAAAUCCAAGCAUAUUGUGGUCAUUCAUCGAGGAAACAUCUACAAAGUGACUGUUUACGGAGGAGCAGAUCUGGGUGAGCUUCUGAGCGAGGAGGAGCUGAUUGAGCAACUGCAAGAGUGCGUGAAGGGCAGCAGAAAUCCGCAUCCGGUUGGAAUUCUCACGUCUGACAAUCGCAAUAACUGGGGAAAAGCGUAUGAAAUCCUCUCGAGCGAUCCGCAGAAUCGAGACUCUCUGGCAGAGACGCAGAAAGCGCUAUUCGUGCUGAGUCUGGACGAUGCUGCUCCUCGGCCGGUUGACUACAAGACCGUGACCAGUCACCAGGUCAUUCACGGCGGCGGCUCCAGGCAGAACGCAGGGAAUCGCUGGUACGACAAGACAGUGCAAUUCAUCGUCGGCGAAGACGGCCUGAAUGGCUUGACUUACGAACACACGCCGGCUGAGGGAGGCCCAAUUGCCGUCCUCACGGAUCAGAUCCUGAAAUACGCAGACUCUGAAGCUGUGCGCCAGAAUCGUGUCGGAAUCCCUGAGAAGCCAAAGCUUCUGGCCUUCAAUCUCAGCGCAGAAGCCAAAGAGUGCAUCAGCGAAGCUGCCAAGAACAUCGACGCUCUGUCGGGGAAUCUGGACAUGGAUUAUCUGCACUUCAAGGAGUUCGGGAAGGGAUUCAUCAAAUCGCACAAGCUCAGUCCGGACAGUUUCAUCCAGAUCGCUCUGCAGUACACUUUCCUGCGACUGCACGGCGUUCCGGGGGCGCAUUAUGAGUCCGCCCACACGCGUCUCUUCGUCCACGGACGCACGGAGACCAUCAGAUCGUGCUCCAAUGAUUCAGUGGCGUUCGCCAGAGCCAUGAUGCAGAGCGGAAGCAAUGAGAAGCGCGUGGAGAAGCUCUUGGCGGCCAUCAAGGCGCACAAGGACUACACAAUGCUGGCGAUGCAGGGCAAGGGUGUGGAUCGACACUUGCUGGGCCUGAAACUCACCGCACAGGAGAACAAUCUGAAGGUUCCGGAGCUCUUCAGCGAUGCUGGGUACUUGAAAAGCUCCCACAUGAGACUCUCCACGAGUCAAGUGGCGUCAAAGUACGAGGCUUACAUGUGUUAUGGUCCACUUGUGGACAACGGCUACGGAUGCUGCUACAAUCCGCGCGAGGAUGACAUGUUGUUCGGCAUCUCGGCCUUCCACUCCUGCCCAGAGACGUCUUCGCAGAAGUUCAGCGUGACUCUGAAGGAGUCCCUGAUGGACAUGUUCAAGAUUCUCUCUGACACUGGCCGAGGAAUCAAGAGCAAACUGUAGAUCAGCGCCACAAUCAGU